CAAUUUUCUUGAGGCACUUCUCUCUUUCCCUCUCUUCCUUCCGUCCUUCUACUUCACGACACUCGCUAUUGUCCAAUAUUUAUCUGGUGUGGAGAGAGUCAAAAGGAAUUCGUGCUUAAUUUUUUUCAAGCCUACUUCCUGACCAACCAAACUCGCCCCUUUUCCUGCCGCGUCGUCACCACACACCAGACCAGCUCCUUCCUCAGCUUCUGGAAUUCCACGCCAUCUUCGACUGGAAUCUUGUCCAUACUUUUCACAUCCCCUUCAGAAUGUUCUCCAAGAUUGCCAUUGCAGGCCUGUUGGCUGCCACCGGCGCCACUGCCGCAUCUUCUUGCUCUUCCGCGACCUUCACGAUCACUGCCUCUUCCGAUGCCGCUAUCGCAAGCUGCACCACCCUCACUGGUGAUGUCGUGAUCUCCGAGGAUGCCGGAACCGUUGUCGACCUCGGCAGCGUCGAGUCUAUCGAGGGCAGUCUCUCGGCCGACAGCUUGGCCCUGAUCUCCCUGAGCUCCAGCAGCCUCAACUCCAUCUCGGAUACCUUCCUCCUGAACAACCUGACUACCCUGGCCACCCUGAGCUUCACUGCUCUCGAGACUGUCGGUAGCAUCCAGUGGCAGACGCUGCCCGCCCUCAACAGCCUGACCUUCACCACUGGUGUGAACAAGGCCUCGAGCGUUACCAUCAGCGACACCCACCUGGGCAGCCUGGAGGGUCUGAGCCUGGAGACUGUCGGCACCAUGGAUCUGAACAACAACGGCCGUCUCACCGAGAUCGACCUGGCCCUGACCAACCUGACUGGCCUCACUCUGCAGGCUAACGGUCAGGACCUGGCUGUCACCCUCGACAGCCUUGUCUGGGCUGCUAACCUGACGAUUGCCAACGUCACCACCUUCUCUGUCCCCGCCCUGGAGGUCGUCAACGGCUCUGCCCGCUUCGACUCUAACUACUUCACUUCCUUCUCGGCCCCCAACCUGACCCAGACUACUUCUGGUGACGUUUCUUUCAUCAACAACGCCGACCUGACCAGCCUCUCGCUGCCUGUCCUCGAGAAGGUCGGUGGUGGUCUGACCAUCGUCAACAACACCGCCUUCCAGAACCUGACCCUCCCCAAGCUGGCUACCGUUCUCGGUGCUGUUGACUGCGGUGGCAACUUCACCAACGUCGAAAUGCCCGACAUUGACGAUGUUGUCGGCACCUUCACUGUGACCUCCACUGAGGACAUUGAUGCCGACUGCAAGGUCCUGAGCUCCCACGCCCCUUCUCCUACCGGCAACGGUGACAUCCAGGGCAAGACGGUCUGCAACUCGGAGAAUGCCAACGCCAACUCGGGAAGCGCCAGCGGUGGCUCCUCCAGCGGCUCCAGCAACACGAGCAGCAACGCUGCCAACAUGCACGUCAGCUCUGCUGUCGUCGGCCUCAGCUUCGUCGGCCUGCUCGCGCAGCUCCUGUAAAAAGAGGGCUGUCUGGCAUGAAGAGGGUUGUGUUGCUUUUUGGUAGCAUUGAUGUGAUACUGCUUAAGGGUCAGGGUAAACAAACAGGAGGCGUUCUUUUCCUUUUACAGCAAAUUCCCCCAGGAUGAUAGGAUCUUUUUUCGUGUCUGAAGGUUCUGGUUUGUUUAGCUCAGCAAGUCAUCCGCACUCGCGCAUGUGGUUCAUGGGAGUCACUUUCUACGUACAGGAAAAACCACACUAGACUAAUAAUUCCUCCCUUUUUCUUUAUCCAAAACGUUCCAUGAGCGUUGGCGCGUGCGUGCUUGGUGGUCGUUUAAGUUCCGAUGUGUCAAUUGAUGCUUGUGUCUGUGUCGUGGGGGUUAUUUCAUCGAGGAUUGAUCAGGAUCUGUGAGGGUCGAGGAUGGAUAAUGCCUAUAAUAACCUGGUGUGUUGUUGUGGUGGUGGAGAACCGGGGGGGGGGGGGGGGAAACACUUGGGAGGGACUGCCGACUUGAGGCCUGGCGGAAAUGAAUUCCUUAUGGUCAUGAUAAUUCUGAGCUUUGAAUGAUUGCUCCGUC